AUGAUGUUGGAAGCACGACUAGAACAAGCAAGCCUUCUCAAGCGCGUCGUCGACGCUAUCAAAGAUCUCGUACAGGACUGCAACUUUGACUGCAAUGACUCGGGAAUCGCCCUUCAAGCCAUGGACAACUCUCACGUCGCUCUAGUUUCCAUGCUUCUCAAGGCCGAGGGAUUUUCGCCCUACCGGUGCGACCGCAACAUUGCCCUUGGUAUCAACUUGGUUUCCUUGACCAAGGUUCUGCGUGCCGCUCAGAACGAAGACAUCCUCACACUCAAGGCGGACGACUCGCCUGAUGCCGUGAACCUCAUGUUUGAGAGCGCCGAGACCGACCGAAUAAGCGAGUAUGAUAUCAAGUUGAUGGACAUUGACCAAGAGCACCUGGCCAUCCCAGAGACAGAGUAUGCCGCCACGGUGGAGAUGCCGUCGGCAGAAUUCCAGCGGAUCUGCAGAGAUUUGAAUGCGCUUUCUGAGUCUGUCGUCAUUGAGGCUACAAAGGAAGGUGUCAAGUUCUCAUGCCAGGGCGACAUCGGCAGUGGCUCGGUUACCAUCCGUCAACACACCAGCGUCGACAAGCCCGAGCAGAACGUUUCCAUUGCCCUUAGCGAGCCUGUUGCUCUCACUUUUUCCCUUAAGUACCUCGUCAACUUCUGCAAGGCUACGUCGCUGUCGAGCCAGGUUAUGCUCUGUCUAUCACAGGAGGUGCCUCUACUUGUCGAGUACGGGCUGGGAAGCGGCCACCUGAGAUUCUAUCUCGCUCCUAAGAUCGGAGACGAGGAGUGCUUCACACCAGGCCCUCACGGGCAGUACCGGCCCCCUGGACCGCGAGGCACAGAGGGCGGGUUACUGGGUAAGGUGAAGAUUCCUCCGAAUUUCUCAUUUGCGGGGCCCUCGGUGAUGCUGGGAUCACGCGAGGGGACGGGGCUUGCGCCUCGUCGUGUGUAG